AUGGCUUGUUAUGAUUAUCCCUCAUUUGCUGAGGCUGUGGCCAUCUGGGAGAAGCGCGGUACGCUGCUGCGGAUGAAGCAUUAUGCACCGAUCCGUGCGUCUGCUGAGUACCCGACGUUCGCUGAAGUCCUGAGCUUUUGGAGACAACGGGCUGCAAAGGUGCAGGAGCAGCGCCGUGCUCUUUUGUUCUCCCCAGCUCACUAUCCUACAGUCGAGGAGGCGGGCUGGUGGAGCACAUCUUCUGCGGACCAGGAAGAGCAGCAAUCGGAGGCAGAGGUCGUAGAGGAGGUGGACUCGUGGACCACGUCUUAUGCGGACCAGGAAGAGAAGCAAGCUGAAGCAAAGGUCGUCGAGUUGGUGCUCUCGCUGCUUGAUGCUUCAGAGGGCGAGGGCUCUGGGGAUGAUUUCGAUCUGAGCAGCAGUGACGCCAGGGUCUUCGGGUCUGAAACCUCUAGCACGAGCAGCUUCUUCAGUGACAGCAGCAGCAGCGGUGACGCCAGCGAUGACGCCUGCAACGACGUCAGCGUGGUCGGUUCAGAGGCUUGCAACACGAGCAGCGGCUUCAGUGACAUCAGCAGCAGCGGCCAAGGCUCCCAAGAGGAGCCAGCCACUAAUAAUGCUGACAGCACGCGACCAGCAGCAGUAGCGGUUGUGGAGAAAAAGGCAUUGACUGCUUCUGGUGGUGGCCUCGAGCCGCUGCAGGACGGGUCAGCAGAGAGCACAAGGCAGCUGUAUCUGAGUGCAAGUGUGCUGUGUGGAUCGUGGACAAUGGUUUCUCCUUCCGGUGGAGGCUUGAAGGAAGCGGCAGUAGCACCACAGAGGAGGAGGCUGCUGGAGUUGGUAGUAGGUGGGAUGUGUGGAUCAAGGGAAUUCCCUUUGAAAGUAUUAGAUGCUGGUUUUGGUGGGGGUCUCAUGAAAGGGUUAGCCGCUCAACAGAGUAUGAGGCAGGAGGGUGGGGUUGGAGCUGCUAGGGAAGUGGCGUCAGGAGCAUUGGUUGCUAUUCCUUGUGGGUCACCUGCAGUACAGAGCUCUAGGCAACAGCAGGGAAGACUUGGGGUUGCAACACAUGGAAAGGGAAGGGAAAGGAGAGCAGAAGGGAAGGGAAAGGAGAGCAGAAGGGAAGGGAAAGGAGAGCAGAAAGGAAGGGAAAGGAGAGCAGAAGGGAAGGGAAAGGAGAGCAGAAGGGAAGGGAAAGGAGAGCAGAAGGGAAGGGAAAGGAGAGCAGAAGGGAAGGGAAAGGAGAGCAGAAGGGAAGGGAAAGGAGAGCAGAAGGGAAGGGAAAGGAGAGCAGAAAGGAAGGGAAAGGAGAGCAGAAGGGAAGGGAAAGGAGAGCAGAAGGGAAGGGAAAGGAGAGCAGAAGGGAAGGGAAAGGAGAGCAGAAGGGAAGGGAAAGGAGAGCAGAAGGUAAGGGAAAGGAGAGCAGAAGGGAAGGGAAAGGAGAGCAGAAGGGAAGGGAAAGGAGAGCAGAAAGGAAGGGAAAGGAGAGCAGAAGGGAAGGGAAAGGAGAGCAGAAGGGAAGGGAAAGGAGAGCAGAAGGGAAGGGAAAGGAGAGCAGAAGGGAAGGGAAAGGAGAGCAGAAGGGAAGGGAAAGGAGAGCAGAAGGGAAGGGAAAGGAGAGCAGAAAAGAAGGGAAAGGAGAGCAGAAGGGAAGGGAAAGGAGAGCAGAAGGGAAGGGAAAGGAGAGCAGAAGGGAAGGGAAAGGAGAGCAGAAGGGAAGGGAAAGGAGAGCAGAAGGUAAGGGAAAGGAGAGCAGAAGGGAAGGGAAAGGAGAGCAGAAGGGAAGGGAAAGGAGAGCAGAAGGGAAGGGAAAGGAGAGCAGAAGGGAAGGGAAAGGAGAGCAGAAGGGAAGGGAAAGGAGAGCAGAAGGGAAGGGAAAGGAGAGGAGAAUGGAAGGGAAAGGAGAGCAGAAGGGAAGGGAAAGGAGAGCAGAAGGGAAGGGAAAGGAGAGCAGAAGGGAAGGGAAAGGAGAGCAGAAGGGAAGGGAAAGGAGAGCAGAAGGGAAGGGAAAGGAGAGCAGAAGGGAAGGGAAAGGAGAGCAGAAGGGAAGGGAAAGGAGAGCAGAAGGGAAGGGAAAGGAGAGCAGAAGGGAAGGGAAAGGAGAGCAGAAGGGAAGGGAAAGGAGAGCAGAAGGGAAGGGAAAGGAGAGCAGAAGGGAAGGGAAAGGAGAGCAGAAGGGAAGGGAAAGGAGAGCAGAAGGGAAGGGAAAGGAGAGCAGAAGGUAAGGGAAAGGAGAGUAGAAGGGAAGGGAAAAGAGAGCAGAAGGGAAGGGAAAGGAGAGCAGAAGGGAAGGGAAAGGAGAGCAGAAGGGAAGGGAAAGGAGAGCAGAAGGGAAGGGAAAGGAGAGCAGAAGGGAAGGGAAAGGAGAGCAGAAGGGAAGGGAAAGGAGAGGAGAAUGGAAGGGAAAGGAGAGCAGAAGGGAAGGGAAAGGAGAGCAGAAGGGAAGGGAAAGGAGAGCAGAAGGGAAGGAAAAGGAGAGCAGAAGGGAAGGGAAAGGAGAGCAGAAGGGAAGGGAAAGGAGAGCAGAAAGGAAGGGAAAGGAGAGCAGAAGGGAAGGGAAAGGAGAGCAGAAGGGAAGGGAAAGGAGAGCAGAAGGGAAGGGAAAGGAGAGCAGAAGGGAAGGGAAAGGAGAGGAGAAUGGAAGGGAAAGGAGAGCAGAAGGGAAGGGAAAGGAGAGCAGAAAGGAAGGGAAAGGAGAGCAGAAGGGAAGGGAAAGGAGAGCAGAAGGGAAGGGAAAGGAGAGCAGAAGGGAAGGGAAAGGAGAGCAGAAGGGAAGGGAAAGGAGAGCAGAAGGGAAGGGAAGGGAGAGCAGAAGGGAAGGGAAAGGAGAGCAGAAGGGAAGGGAAAGGAAGUGCGGGGUGGGGCUGGGAUGCCAAGUACUGCUAG